UGGCGCGCCGCUAAUAUGACGAUGUAUUCGUACGUAUUCGGUGUAAUUGUGGCUUGUAUAUCAUAUUUAGUGUAUCAGAGAUAUGUGAAUUUAUAUCCAAGUAUCGUUUCAAAGCCUGAGAAGAGAUAUGACUAUAUUAUUGUCGGCGCCGGGACCUCAGGCUGCGUGCUGGCCGCUCGCCUCUCGGAGGACCCGAAGGUGACAGUACUCCUGGUAGAAGCAGGGUACCACAUGGGAUAUUUCACGAAGAUCCCGCUCACGGCAACCGCGGCACAGCAGGGGCCCGACGACUGGUCGGUCAGGAGUAAAGCGCAGAAAUAUUCUUCGUUUGGAAUGUGGGAUCAGUCUCAAAUAAUCCCUCGAGGCAAAGGCCUAGGAGGCUCUGGUCACAUCAACUUCCUCCUCCACGGCUUCGGUCUGCCCGAAGACUACGAGCGCUGGUCUGCCCGUGGCUUCCACGGUUGGGGCUGGGAAGACUUGAAACCGUACUUCAUCAAGGCUUUCGGCACGGAAAAGAGCGAGUUCGACACUGUGCGCUGUGCUGUGGAAGGAUAUUGUAAGGGUGAUAAGGCACCAAUGAAGCUCCAACAAAUCGACGAAAACCACGAGUUGCUCAGGGUGUUCCAGCAGGCAUCUUCACAACUCAAGAACAAACACACGGUGUUCCGAAAAGCUACGGCCACAGUGAGGGACGGGGUGCGCGUGUCAACCCUGGACGGGUAUUUGAAGAACGCUAUGAGCAGGAGGAAUCUGCAUGUUGUGCUCAGAACGCAAGCGCUUUCUAUCAGAUUCGAAAACAAGACAGCGUCGUCUCUCUUCAUUCUCCGCCGCAACAGAGAGUUGGACAACGUGUUCGUGAACAGAGAGAUCAUCCUCUGCGCCGGCGCUAUUAAGACGCCUCAGAUCCUGAUGAUGUCGGGCAUCGGACCUAGAGAUGUCAUACAAAGAUUGAAGAUCAAGCUAGUAGCGGAGAACAAGGCAGUGGGCCGCAACCUGCACGACCAUAUGAACCUAGCGGUAUAUGUCAGUAUCAAGAAACCGAUCAGCCUCAUCCUGCCCAAGGUGUUCACGUUUGGCACCGCUUGGGACUACUUCCUGAAUGGGAAGGGGUUGCUGUCCUUCCCGCCAGUUGCAGGCGUGGAGUACCACGAAGCAUCUGCAUUGAUGCUGUUUACCAUGGGAACCACCAGCGAACGACUGCUCCGGGACUUAUCCAAUUAUAAACACACAGUAUUCCGCGACACAUUCCCCUUUCACAACGACAGCAGCCGAGAAGGUUUCAUGUUCCUGGCGACGUGCGCACAGCCCCGCAGCAGAGGCACCGUCACUCUCCGAGACCUGAGCACCAACGUGCCGCCGGUGGUUGACCCGAACUACCUCCACGAUGGCUUCGAUGUCAAGUGCAUGAUUAAAGCAAUCCGUCGAGCUGAACGCCUGGUAUCAUCGUCUCCGUUCCAGGAGAUAGGGGCGAGAAUCCACUGGCCGCGGCCGGAGCGGUGCCUUUCCCUCUGGAACUACACGCGGAUCGACCAGUUCGGCCCAGACAGAAGAAGAAGAAGAAAGAUAAUACCUGGCCCGCCUAAUCAAGCGCCGCCAAAAGAGAAGAAGCCAGAGCAGAAGCCCAAUAAGCCACAGAGGCCCCCCGACGAGUACCUGGAGUGUGUGUUGAGAGAGGUGGCGGUGACGGGGCAUCAUGUCGGUGGGACGGCUGCAGGCGGCACUGUAGUGGACAGCCAGCUAAGGGUGAUGUCGGUAUCAGGACUACGCAUUAUGGACGCCAGCGUCCUGCCCUCACCUCUGUCCUUGUACCCCAACUCUGUGUUAGUGGCCAUGGGUGAAAAAGCUGCGGAUAUUAUAAGAAACACGAUUGUCACUUGAAUAGUAAA